GAAAAUAUCAUAAAAUGGAACGUGCAUUAAAAAAAUAUUUGUUAUUGCUGCUGCCGCUGUUAUUGCUGCCGUGCGGCUGUUUAAGCGACAAGGACAUCGUGGUGAACACCACGUUGGGCUUGAUUGAGGGCACGAGCAUGAAAAGCUUUAGCGGCAAGCAGAUCUUUGCUUUUCGUGGCGUGCCCUAUGCUGAGCCACCGCUGGGCGAGCUGCGCUUUGCCGAGCCGCGACCAGUGCAAGCUUGGAACGAUCGCGUGCUUAAGGCGACAACGGACUCGCUAGUGUGUCCACAAAAGGGAAUGACUGUCUUUAUGAGCGAGGAUUGCUUGAAGCUGAAUGUAUUCACCAAAAAUUUGAAUGGCAGUCUGCCUGUUAUCGUUUACAUACAUGGCGGUGCCAAUGUGCUGGGCAGUGGACACAGUCGCUAUGAAGCAGGACCGGAGUAUCUGCUGGAGCAUGAGCUGCUGCUGGUGGCUUUCAAUUAUCGCCUGGGUGCACUGGGUUUUCUCAAUGGCGGCAACUACGGCUAUUUGGAUCAGGUGUUGGCUUUGAAAUGGGUACAGCGGCAUAUAGCCAAAUUUGGUGGCGAUCCUAGGAACGUCACCAUCAUGGGCAUGAGUGCUGGCUCCAUGGCUGUUAGUCUGCACUUGGUUUCACCACUGUCCCAAGGUUUAUUCCAGCGCGCCAUACUGAUGAGCGGCUCAGCUACAAAUCAUUAUAGCAUACAGAAUGGCUACUGGACCAGCUUGUUGGCCAGACAGUUUGCUUGCCCCAUGUAUGCGCCUUAUUUGGUGGCGGCUUGCUUGCGUAAUGUCACCUGGCAGCGCAUUAUGGAAGUCUGCGCCGAUUGGGAGCCGUACAAAUUCGUCAAUAUGAAAUGGAACUAUGAGGUGGAUUACAGUUUUCUGCCAGCGCAUCCAAGUGAGCUGCUGGCGCAAGGACAAUUCGAACGUGUGCCGCUGCUUGUAAGCUUUGCAGCUAAUGAACUGGACUAUUCCACCUAUGCUCAAUUGCAGAAUCCUUUGCUGCUGCAGGACAUCACAGUAAACUUUGAAGAAUAUGCGCCAGAGCUGUUUCUGUUUGACUAUAAUGAAACUAAAAGUCGACGCUUGCGUGACUUUUAUUUGGGUGAAGAGCUCUCGGAAUUGAAUGAAACAAAUGUGGAGCAGUUUGGACAAAUCUUCUCAGACGCUAUUUUAGGUCAUGGCGUGCAUCGUCUUGUGCAGCUGGCCAAGCAGCAUACGAGUGUCUACUAUACACGCAUGGACUAUGUGGGCCAGCGUAGUCUCUCUGCUCCUCAGAUUGGGCCUGAGAAGAAGCUUAAGGGUGUAGGUCAUGCAGAUGAUUUGCAGUAUGUUAUGCCAGGUCUUUGGUACGGCAGUCUAAUGGAUAAAGAUCAUCCAGAUGUGUUUAUGAUGCAGCGACUCACUCAGUGGUUUGCACAUUUUGCUGCAACGGGGCAACCUUUGAGCGAUCUUGCCAGCUGGCCACCUGUCAAUGCCACACAUACGAAUCUGCUUUACAAUAAUGUUACCACUAGCUUGGGCUCGGCUGCCUAUGCUGAACGUUAUGCUCUCUGGGAUGAGCUUUUUCCCAUGGUUACCCGUAGCGCAGCCUCAAGGCAAAUUUUCCUCAACGCUGCGUCGUUGUUUGUAGCGCUGACUGCGCUCGGCUGUAAAUUAAUGUGAGCAUUAGGUGUGGAAAAUAAAACGAACAAGCUGAAAAGCAUGCAAGCUUAUCAAUAGGCCGUUU